UUAUAUAAUAGAGCACGGAUAUUCGUGAUAAUGUCAACUCUUACUUCCGACAGUGUAGGUUAUCGCACGACUAAUUACGGGUUCAAAAUACUGGGAAGUUAUGAGCGUCCAACAUAAAUUAGCUGCACACUUCGUAUCUGCGAUCAUCAUAUAGAGCAAACAAUCGAUCCAAACAUGAUCCGCUUUAUAUUCGCUGCGGCUCUAGCCACCGUAUCAGUUGCUCUUACUGCUCGCCAGGAAAUCAACAACGAGCCGCUAUUCACAAUCGAGUUGGGGCCUGGUGUGACACAGCAGGUGACUGAAGCUGAGAAGCUAGCCCUCAAGUUUGAAGGGAAGUCGUUCAUCGAUAUCACCAACCGAAAGAACUUUGUACAAUCCGUAUCAACCGAAAACACUGCCAAAACCGCAGCAGUGAUAUACCCUCGUUUACUAAACCAGAACGACACCGUUCGCGGGCUCAUUUCCAAGCUUAGCAAGGAUAAUGUAAAAGACAAGUUGACGACUCUCACCGAGUUCCACUCUCGAUUCUACAAUACCACUUGGGCUAAGGAUGCUUCCGACUGGUUUCUCUCCGAGGUUCAGGGGAUUAUUACGGGGAGCGAAGCCAAAGGCGCGACGGUAAAACCAUUCGAGCAUAAAUGGGCACAGAACAGUAUCAUAGCUACGAUUCCCGGCAGGUCCACCGACAAGAUCGUAGUUGGUGCGCAUAUAGAUUCCGUUAACCAGGAUGGCUGGGACACUCGAUCACCUGGUGCUGAUGAUGAUGGAUCAGGUUGCGUGACAAACCUGGAAGCUAUGAAAGCUCUCUUAAGCGAUCCCAUAAUUGCAGCUGGGGAGGCGAACAACACGAUCGAAUUCCAUUGGUACUCCGGUGAGGAGCUUGGCCUGCUUGGUAGCGGUGAAAUAUUCGACUCGUACGCUGCUGAUGGAGUUGUUGUCAAGGCGAUGCUCCAACAGGACAUGACAGGAUGGGGUAACAAUCCUAUGGGUGUUAUAACCGACUAUGUCGACCAGGACCUUACGGCUUUCAUCCGCCUAGUUACCGAGUAUACUGACAUCGGCUACGUCGACACACGCUGUGGUUACGCCUGCUCGGACCACGGAUCCGCUACUGCUGCCGGUUACCCAGCUGCUUUUGUCAUCGAAUCCGACAGGCAGAUUUCCAACAAUAACAUCCACAGUGCGAGCGAUACCCUCGACACUAUCAACUACGACCACAUGCUUGAACACUCCAAGCUUGUCCUCGGUUACGCGUACGAGCUUGCUUUAGCUCCUCUAUAAUUCGAACUCUUAGGUUAUCGGCUAUUGUGUGGAUGGUUUAUAUUUGUUGCCUGGCUACCUAUAUUUAGUAUCACUUACUGGCGAUACCUUGAAAACUUUUAUGCUUUACAAAUCAUUCACAUAGGUAGUCGAAGGGCUUGUGAUCUGAAUGCUACGAAACUUAUCAUAAAAAACUAUGCUAUUCAGUACAGUAGGCGUAAAGCCAUCCACCGGAUGGGUAUCAUUCCGCAUGAAAAGACCGAAAACCCGUCAUAACGAUCAUCCGUUGACCGUGGUGAUAUUUGCGAGUGAGAGCUAUGUGCAAUGAGAAGUAGAAGCCAUAGCUGCAAUAUUAUGUGUUAUAUGUCUGACUAGUUGAUGUCGUUCAUCAAUCAUGAUACUCAAGUGAAGCAUCUUUCAUACGAAGGACUCCCCUCCAAGACUCGGAACGCCUAAUGAUCCGCACUUGAGAAUUAAAAAAAACCCCUAAGUGGUGACCCGAUAGUAACUCAACGAUGAGAACACACUCGAAUUGCCAUAUGGGUGAGAAUAGAAACCGCCGAACUACCUAGAAAUAAUCAGCAAAAAGCUCAUAAUCCUCGUACAAACGGCAUAG